AUGGGGGGGCUGAGGCCCUGGGCUCGAUACAGGCUGCUGACUGCGGCUCACCUGCUGGCUCUGGGCCUCGGGGCUGCGGUGCUCCAGGCCCUGGAGGGGCCCCCCGCACGCCGGCUCCAGGCCCAGCUCAGGGCCGAGCUGGCCGCUUUCCAGGCAGAGUAUGGGGCAUGCCUGCCAAGCGGGGCACUGGAGGAGCUGCUGGGCACCGCCCUGGCAGCCCAGGCCCAUGGGAUCUCCAGCCUGGGCAACGUCUCCGAGGCUGGGAACUGGGAUCUGCCCUCAGCCCUGCUCUUCACUGCCAGCCUCCUCACCACCACGGGUUACGGCCACAUGGCCCCACUAUCAGCAGGCGGAAAGGCCUUCUGUGUGGUCUACGCGGCCCUGGGGCUGCCAGCUUCCCUAGCCCUGAUGGCCACACUGCGCCACUGCCUGCUGCCUCUGCUGGGCUGCCCGGUGGCCUGGGUAGCUGUCCGCUGGCAGCUGGCCCCAGCCAGGGCCGCGCUGCUGCAGGCACUUGGUCUGGGCCUGCUGGUGGCUGGCACCUUCGUGCUGCUGCCCGCGCUGCUGCUGUGGGGCCUGCAGGGCAACUACAGUCUGCUGGGGGCCAUCUACUUCUGCUUUGGCUCCCUCAGCACCAUCGGCCUGGGGGACCUGCUGCCUGGGCGUGACCGGGACCUGAAUCCAGUGCUUUACCACCUUGGCCAGAUCGCACUUCUCGGUUACUUGCUCCUGGGGCUGCUGGCCGUGCUGCUGGCGGCGGAGAUGUUUGCGGAGCUGCCGCAGGCCCGGGCCCUGGUGAAGCUCUUUGGGGCCAGUGGCCCUUUGGCUGCCGAGGACCAGGGUGGCAUCCUGGGUCAGGAUGAGCUGGCUCUGAGCACCCUGCCCCCCUCGGCUGCAGCCCCAGACCAGGCCCCGCCUGCCGACCGGUGA